AGUUGACGUGUGGAGAGCUCUGAAGUUGCCCUCGCCUUGACGUACUCGUGUUCCUUGCUGGAUCAGAGAGAAAGGAGACGUUGCCUCCUGUACCCUCCACCUUGCAAGGAAGGAUGUGUGAAAGGCUCCUUUGUAGCUCCUGCUGCCUUUCCCGUUUUUUUGAGCCAGAAAAAAGGUGCCAUCCCUCCGACAUUCAACUUAAUCUGUUUAUCUUUGCAUUACUUGUGUUCUUGUUAGACUAAAAACGCAGCCUUCCUUUCUAUAUAAUUCCUAAUCUCUCCUACUCGCUUUCCUCAUCUUACUUUUCUCUUCAUCACUUCCACGCCUCCGCCACUCAGUACUUUUGGAUCUCAGCGCUCUUGAUCUUGGAGUCUUGCGGCAAGAAGGAAACUGAGACGCAAAAGACGGUACACAGCUGCUGCCACACGAUCAGAUACAGCCAUGACUACCCUCCUCCAUCAGUUCUACAUCUCAGAAAUGCCGGUGUUGUUUACAAGUUCUGGCAGGAGCAGCGAAUGUCUUGAUUCUUUCUCUUGUCAUGUGUGUGCAGUGGUGCCUGGCCUUUGAUAGCGUUCAGUGGGAAGGUUGAAGAGAGACGUGAAUGCAUUGAACAGUUUAUGGAGACUGUAUACCAAUCAACCAAAGAAAAAAUAUCCAUAAAGGAGCACAAAACAUUACUACCGUUGAAAUAAACGAACUUUUGACCUAUCGUCCUUUUUUUUUUUUUUUUAGUAUUCUAAUAUUUUUGGCCAGAUUUCUUUUUCGUGAGUGGCAUGGUUACCUGGAGUGCAGAUAAUAGUACAAUGAAUACCCUAUGAGGAGGCGAAGCUAUACCAUGGUUUGCAGCACCUGAGGAGGCCUCGAAGUGAGCGUGAAUCUUUAAGUAGUAGAAACGUUGUGACAACCAUGGCUCCGACCACUACUUGGGUGAUGCCCCUCCUCCUCUUCCUGUUUGUUUUCAUCCUCCCGGCAAGCGCUGGUGGCGGGGGACUGAGGAAGGUGGAGCCGAAGGCAGAGGUUAACACCGAUGACUCAACCAACAGCACCAACAAGACCAAGGACGAGCAUGACCUCAUCGACGACCUAUUCCUCACUUACAAUAACAAUAUUCGACCUGAUGGAGUGAGUGAAAUGACGAGGGUGUUCUUCGAGCUGUCACUGUUCAACCUUCUGCGUGUGGACACGAAGCGCCAGUCCAUCAUGACCAACAGCGAGAUUAUCAUGAAGUGGCAGGACAAAUACAUGACGUGGGACCCUGAAGAGUACGGAGGGGUUAAGACCAUCAGGGUGCCCUACGAAAUGAUUUGGUUCCCAGACAUCAUCCUGCAGAACACCGCCUCCGCCAGUUACGAGGACGGCAUUCUAAACACUAACGCCAUCAUCUAUUACACGGGCGAGGUGGAGCUGACCAGCCACGCCGUGUUGGAUUCAAUCUGCAUCAUGGACGUGCAGUGGUAUCCAUUCGAUCAGCAGACCUGCGAGCUUUCCUUCGCCUCCUGGACCUACGACACCUACAAGAUAAACCUCAUCCCGGGCCCUGCAGACUUGUCGGAGUACAGCCAGAACCCAGAGUUUUACUUAGAGGAUUUCUACAGAACUCUUCAGGACCUUCACAACCCCUGCUGCCUCUUACCUGUCUCCACCAUCAAAUACCAUCUGCAGAUCCAACGACGCACCAUUUUCUCCCUCUUCUUCUUCCUCAUGCCUGGGAUCCUCAUUAAUAUAUGCGCGCUGAUGGUGUUCUCGUUGCCGUCUGAAUCUGGAGAAAAGGUCGGCCUGGGUAUCAAUUCUAUGUUGGCUAUGAUGGUGUUCUUGAUGGCUAUGACGGAGAGACUGCCGCCCACGGAGAAGCUGCCUCUUGCUGGUGUCUACUACGGGGCGUGUAUCUCCAUGAUCACUUUCAACAUCUGCUUUACCGUGCUGGUGCUCAACCUUAAUGUGAUGGGCAUGAGGGGCUACCAGGUGCCUCACUUCAUCAGGGUUAUCACUCUCUUUACGGCCAAGUCGAUUUUUGUCAGGAUUCCAAAGAUCGUCAAGGCGGCGUGGGAUCUCGAUGAGAACAACAGGAUCGUCAGCCCCGUGGAGUCCAUGAACGAAAAGCUGGAGACGAGCAAGAUGUUUGACAAGAAGAGCAACGUGAGGUUGUUCACGGUGAAGCCCUCCACGCCGCCCAAGGUGAAGCCCAACUCAGAGAUGACCAUGAGGGACCUGGACGAGGACCUUAGCGUGGCAGAUAUCAAAGAUCCAUUCCAGAGGCGCACCGUCCUAGCCCUGGAGUCCAUUAAUAGGAUUCUUACCACGGAGAGGAAGGAGGCGGACGAGACUGGCAGGAGGAGCAACCUGGUGGACGAGUGGAAGUUUGUGUCACGUGUGUUGGACCGGACGCUCUUCAUCACCUUUACCGUCGUGUGCGUCAUCUUUAACCUGUCCAUCCUCACCUCAUCGCCUUUCCGGGAAAGAUUCAGUUAUUGUCCAGCAGAAAGCUGUGAAGGACUCACAUUGGAGGAGAUCUUAGACCUGACUGCCAACGCAGCUGCGGGGCACAGUGUAUUCUCGGAAGAUGGUGGCGACGGUGGCUACGGUGACUAUGGUGGCGGGGCGGCCUCUGCCCACCUGCAUAGCGAUCCAGACACUCUGGUGUCUUUGAAUAAGAUAUCCAACUCACUCUCCGAGGACCACAAGGAUCACAAGGGCGACAAAGGCCCAAAACGACGCAAACCACUGGAACGCCCCAUCGAGGAGUUUCCUACAACUCCAGAACCUGACAAAUUCUAUGUGGCCAAUCCAGGACCAAAGUAUGAGGGCUAUGAGGGGCUGGGGCUGCUGCCGCCAAACCACAACGAGCCUCAGCUCGGUACGAGACGAGAUCCACCUCAGAAGCAGCCGCCUGGCUCUGCAGAGGGUGGCUGAGAUUCCACAGAUUUCUCCCUCUCAAAUAAAAGAGUUAAAUAGCUAUACUAUAUACGUGAAAAGAUUAUUAUGCUUAUUCUAUCUUCCUUCCUCCUUCAGGAAAGGAACAUCAUGGCACCUCUUAAACUGAACUGAUUGUCCAUAUUGAAACGCCUAACAAAUUAAUGUGUUUUCAUUUGGAGAUAGCCUUUAUUUGAUACAUUCAAUUUUAUGAGAAGACCCUUUUGCCAAAUAGGGUUUCCUUUCACACACACACACACACACACACACACACACACACACACACACACACACACACACACACACACACACACACACACACACACACACACACACACACACACACACACACACACACACACACACACACACACACACACACACGUUGUCUUGGUUGCACAAAUUUUUAUAUAGCUUCAUAACAGACUUGUUUCAAGGUUACAUCUCAUUUUAUUAAUUCUCGGUUGAUCAUGAGGAUUUUUGUCUCAGUGAAUGUUUUUAAAUCAAGAAGUGUUCUGGCUCUGGGAAAAUCUUGUGGUUUGUUCCAUGCCCUUAUCAAAUGGAAACGGCGAUCAGUUUCAAGCGUGAUAGAAUGAUCCACCUCCGGUUUCUCUUGACACAGAAAAAAAAAAAGAAAAGAAAAGUUAAAGAUUUGUUUCUUUCAUCUAUGUUCAGAAUAUUAUUAGCAAUUUUUAUCAGUCGAUAGUGGCGUGCAUUAGGGGCCAGGUCGUGGAUGAGACCUUGAUUGACAAAUUUCUUCAUCAUUCGCAUUUUCAUGUGAAACUAUUUUCCAGCGAGCAGGAUGCAUUGAUUUCUGUCAUUUCAAUAUGUCUCUUAAUGAUGUAAUUUCUUUAUGAGUUUAAGAUUUCAUGGCUCAUCGUGCAUCAGGAAGUAGGAAGCGCUGCAUAGCUAUCCAUCAGAAUGCCGAAGAAUUUAAAGCAACUAAGGAAAGCCACAACACUGCGUGCAGAAAACUGGUGCAGAUGAUUGAUGAGUCUGCAAAUACUACAUCGCAGGAAACAUUCUUCUCUCACGGAGCAAUGCGUGGCUUCAAUCACUGAAACACUAGUCAUCGGGCAGACUACUUUAAGAAAUUAUAGGUGAUUUGGUCUGAGCACUGACAUAUUAUGAGUAGGUGUAAUUCUUUUGAAACACAACACAAAGGAGUUCUGUUACUUUUUAGAAUAAAAAUAUAUGACAUAUAAAUAUGUGAAUUUAAGUCGUUUACAAGACAAAUAUAAUAGUUUGAAAGCAUGUGCUACGUUACUUUAGAAAAUUACCUGUCUUUAACCUAACUAUAUGUAUAUACUGAUUGAAGAACGUCAUAAAUAUAUCAACAAAAUUUGAUGUUACUAAGAUUGUAAAAAUAGUAUAGUGUCCUUUAAAAAUACUCGUUUUCUAUGAUGUGUUCCUCCUCGUGUCAUGACUUUUAUUCCUCACUAAUGACUUGUGUUUGCUGUAAUAUUAGCUACUCAUCCGACCACUUAC